AUGCUUGCGACAUCGCGAAUGGAACUGGGCCGAGUGCUUCUUAUCCAUGCACGUGCGGACCUGUUGUGUGUGGAACCAGUGAAAUAUGCUCCAAUGGGACAUGCUCACCGCCAUCGUAUCUCCACGUGGAUUGGCCUUGCUUAUGGCCAUCGCUCGGCGACCCGAACUUCAUUAUCACAGGAACCACAGCGGACGGGGCGCCUAUUUACGGGGCCGGCGGAUUACCACGGCAAGUACAUUUACUUUGACGAAUCAUGUGACGGAGCGGUUCGUGAAGGAAACGAGCGCAUACCCAGAUGGAUCAUCGACGACAGCGAGCCGAGCGAAUCGGCCGUCCGCGACCUGGAUUCCGACGGCACCUGCUCCUACUUUGGGCACUACAGCACCGACGACCACCACGGUCUCCCUCUUGGGAGCUCCGUCUGGGUGACGUUCUGCGAGGGCAGGCUGACGACCGUGAUGGCAGAGAUCGCGUACCUGAGCGAGGAGCCGAACGUGACGGCGACCCCGGCCCCGACGCUUCCCCCGGGGUCCAAGUGCCCCUGUGACAACAAGUGCGGUGGCUUCAAUUAUGUAGACACCGAUGGGGAUGGCUGUCUCACGGUGCCGGAGUGCAAGUAUCUGCCCGUGAUCCCUGGGAAUUUUGGCGACUUCGACCUCGACGGGGACGGCUGCGUGACGUACGAGGAAUGUGUAGAUUCCCCGUUGGGUGAGUUCUUGCCUCUGUUUCCGGUCGCUUCACCGAAUCACUGCGACUUUGGAUGGUACUUUACUCCAGGCACGGACUUGUGCGUCCAGUGCACCACUGGGGAAACAAGGCGUCGGCGCUCGGAGCAGUGCACCAAAUGCCCUCCCGGUAGGGACGACUUGGGAGACUUCGACGUGUGCAUCGGCGGGGCGUACAUUAAGGAGCCUCUGUUCCCAGGGAAUUGCACGGCCUGUGUCAACUCAGACACCGAUGAGAACGGACAAGUAUUGACGAGAGGUGACACAGUAGUAAUAUCGACGCGCAACCCUGAUCCAGGCCACUACGAGAUAGUGACCAUUACUGACAAAACCACCGUCGAUAACGAGACGUGCUUCUAUAUUGACCCUUGCCUCAACGACUCGUACGACCCGUACGACUCGAUGAUCUCGGAUUGUACUGAACACGAUGGACUUAGCACCUCCACGAAAUACCCAUGUGGAUGUGGCGUUGACGAGUGUUCCGAUGGGGAGGUGUGCGACCUCGAUGGCAGUGCAGGACUAGGACUCUGCAUUCCACCCUCGUGGACCCUUCCGACUCCGGCCCCGACGGUGUCGGCCAGGGGCGAUCCGCACUUGGUCAAUCUGCAUGGAGAACACUUCGACGUGAACCACGGGGGCGACUUCACUCUGCUGCGGAUCCCCCAGGCCACCAGCGAGCCCCCGAUGGUGAAGCUGACGGCCUCCAUCCGCCCCGAGCACGGGAAGCCGUGCACGACGUACAUCACGGAGGUGGAGAUCUCGGGCAGCUUGCUUGGCGGCAGGGCCGUGCAGGUGCGUUCUUACCUUCGGUCGCACGCCGAGAACGAGACCGACAGGUUCCUGGGCCUGCGGGUGCUGGAGCGAGCUCCAGGCGCGGCCACCGAGGCCCCGUGGGAGUGGUUGGCGCAGGUCCCCGACGGCAGUUUCUUUGUCCAGGAGCCUCAGACCGCGGACGGCUUGAGGGUGACUGCUUCCACGAAGAAGUGGCACAGCAACAAGGAGGCCAGGGAGAACGUGCCGAAGGUGGCGGGGCAAGUCGAGAUCCAGCUGGGGGACCCCGAAGACCUCGGGCUCGAGCCCGCGAGGAUCCUCGUGCGCCAGGACCUGCCCAGGCAGGAGCACCUGAACGUGGCCGUGCGGCGCCUGAGCUCCCUCGGCCGCGAGGACAUCGGCGGCCUGCUCGGGUUCGACCCGCACCCCGAGGCGCUGGAGGACGUCACGCCCGAAUGCCAGCGCCACAGGGACGGGCUCGACCGCGAGAGGGGCCCCCGCUCCCGGCCGGGCUGGAGGGCCCGCUGGGAGAAGAUCAAGGCGCGGCGCGGUCCUGCGCCCGUCCCCGGCGACGGCGCGGGCGACGACAACGAGGCGGCCGCCGCCCUCUUCACCGCCGGCCGCGAGGUCAUGUCAUGUGCGUGUGCCCCGGCGAGGAGCCGCCCGGGGAGCGCCCCGAGGAGGGGGGCCACGUGCAGCGCCUCCUCGGCCGCUUCGUGA